AUGCAUUUUUCGGAACGGCCCGUACGGGUUUGGGCAAAUGCAUUCUAUGGCCCGCCUCGCGGGAUUACUUUCAAAAUGUAUAGUAGUCCAAUCACAGCAGUGAAAAAUCUUGAUGAUUUUAUAUGCUUUGCAGGUUCUGGCCCUGUUGUACUUAUUUAUGAUCUGAGAGAACAUAAAUGUAUAGCGAAAGAAAUACUGUUACGUAGUUCUGUAAUUCAUGGCUUUGAGACAAGACAAAUAUCUCCGCAUGAUUGGUAUGUUGUCAUAUUUGGGCAACGAGCGUUCACAAUUAUAAAGUGGUCUAACUUAAACUCAACAUUCGAAAUCGUUGUUGAACAAAUAUCAUCUCCAUCAUGGCUAUUGAGCGCAUAUGUCUGGCAGUUUAAUCAUAUAGAACAAACUAUCACGGUUUUAUUUGGAACAGCUCUGAAUCAAAUUUAUCAAUUUGUAUUUAAUAAAGAGAAGAAUCUCAAGGAUUUAACGUUACUGAAAUCAUUCGAUUAUACCACGUUGUAUCCUAUUAAUUAUUUAUUUUGA